AUGUCCGACACCGCCACGCAGUCCGAGAAGAACAAUGGCGGCGACCUCGUUCUGGCACCGGUCCAUCCCGACACCGCCAGCGUCGACGCGGAAGCGGCGCACAGCUAUGUCAUCGACCCCGCGGCCGAGGCGAGACUGGUCCGCAAACAAGACCUGCGAGUGCUCCCCAUGGUCUUCCUCAUGUACUUCUUCACCUUCCUCGACCGGACGAACCUGGGCAACGCCAAAGUCGCCGGCAUGGAGGCGGACCUGGGCCUGGGCACGUACGGCUUCAACAUCGGCGCCUGCCUCUACUAUGGCAUCUACUUCUUCGCCGACAUCCCCGCGUCGCUGAGCGUCAAGAAGUUCGGGUUCAUCAUGUUGCCCAUCAGCUGCAUCGCCUUUGGCAUCGUGACUCUCUGCACGGCCUUUAUCACAAACGAAGGCAGCUUCUUCGCGAUCCGGUUGCUCCUCGGCCUCACCGAGUCCUUCCAGUUCCCGGGCCUCAGCUACGUGGUGUCCCGGUUCUAUCGCCGCAGCGAGGUGACCACACGGGUGUCCUUCUUCAUGCUUGGCGCGGCCGGGCUGGCCAGCGCUUUCGGCGGUCUCCUCGCCUCCGGACUGCUGUCGCUGGGAAGCAUCGGCUCCGUCUCCUCGUGGAGGAAUAUUUUCCUGGUCGAAGGAAUAAUCACAGUCGGCGUCGGGAUCAUCUCGCUCUAUCUGUUCCCAGCCGAUCCGUCCAAAACGCGCAUCUUCAACGAAGAGGAGCGGAGCCUCGCAAUGGCCCGCAUCUUCCACGACCAGCCGGCCAUUCGCGAGCACAAGGAGAAGAUCACCUGGGGCCUCAUCAAACGCGGCGUCGUCAACGUCAACGUCCUCGUCGGCGCCUGGAUCUACAUCUGCGACCAGAUCACGGUCCAGGGUCUGUCCAUCUUCACGGUCACGAUCCUGAGACUCAACUACCCGGGCCGCUCCACCGUGGAGAUCCAGCUGUUGUCGGUGCCUCCGCCAUUGUUCGGCAUGGUCUUUGGUCUCGGCGUCGCAUACAUCACCAUGAAGACGCGCAAGCACGGAGUCGCCAUUGCCAUGUGCGCGGCCUUGAACGUCAUCGGGUACUCCAUCUGGCUGGCCUCGACGAACGCGCAGGCGAGAUACGCCGCCAUCUUCCUCAACACGGCGGGGGGCUUCAGUUUCGGGACGUUGGUUCUGAGUUGGACUCUGGCCAACGCCGCUCCGGAUACAGUGCGAAACGUAGCAAACGGCGCCGUGUCGGGUCUCGCCAACAUCGGCUCCAUCACCGCCACUUGGAGUUACAUCAACACCGAUGCGAAGACAGGUUACCGCAUCGGCAAUAGCUUGAACACGGCUACUGCGGUCUCGGUCAUCAUCGCAUCCCUAGGACUUGUAGUUCAUCAAAAAUGGGAGAACAAGAAGCGUGCGCAGGGUGGCCGUGAUUACCGCCUGGAGACCACUGAGGAGGAGGUGGCGACGCUUGGUCACCUUCACCCAGAGUUUAGAUACAUCAACUGA